GAUGGGCUCUCAGAACCUCGCCAAUCUCACCCUGGGUGGNGGUGAUCCUCGUCAAGGAGAAAAGAACCCCGCUCUCUUCGCCCUCGAGAAUGGGCACGAAGCUCCCACCGAUACUGCUGUUGGUUUCAGCAUCGAAGCAGCCUUGGUUCAUAAUGACCCUAGUAUCCUCUUCGAGGAAUACCUCCACUAUGCUGCCAUCACACGCGCCGAGGAAAAGGAGUAUGAGAAGACCUUGGAGAAGAAAUCGUUCACGUUCAAAGGCAUGAUCAAGAGUCGCUUCUCCACUGGACAUCAUCAGCAAUUCGAAGAAGACGACAAAAACAGCAGCGGACGUCCAGUAGCCUACACAAACGCUGCCGAAGUUACCGAUCUGGAUUGGAGGCGUGCCUCUCGCGCUACGAGAACGGCUACAUGGACUUCCAUCUUCUUCCUGGUUACUACCGAUAUUCUUGGUCCCACAGGUGCCCCGUGGGCUUUUGCAAACACUGGCUUCGGUCCUGGUGUCGCUCUUUAUACCGUGUUUGGUGGUCUCGCUGCUCUGUCUGGAUGGUAUGUCUACUGGACCUUCUUGAGUCUGGAUUCGGAUCGCUACCCCAUUCGUGACUUUGGACAAGCCUUUUAUCGUGUCUUUGGCGCUCCCAUGAGACAUACUGUCAACAUUCUCCAAACCUUACAAAUGUUCCUCUUGGUCGCUGUUUUGGUCCUCAACAACGGUGGCGCUAUCUCUGAGAUCUCAAUUGGAAACAACGGCAAGAAUGGCAAUGGCCUCUGCUUCAUCGUCUGUCUUCUGAUCAUCGCAAUCAUCGGUGUCGUUCUUGGUCAGAUUCGUACCUUGCAGCGCUUUGGCUGGCUUGCAAACCUUUCUGUUUGGACUACCGUCAUCUGCGCCUUCCUUGCCAUCGGUGCCAGUGCCACAUCGCCACCUAAUUAUGCAACCAUGUUCAGCACUUUUGGUGGAAAGGGCACAGCAUACGGCGAUACCAAUUUCCCCGGCGGCACGGUCGAGAGUCACAUCCCGAUCAAAACCUUCGGCGGCACUCCNCCNUACGGUUACCAAUCCGGCGGCACUGGCUUCCUGGGAAGUUUCCAGGGUAUCGAUCAAAUCAUCUAUGCCUAUGGUGGUGCCAUGUUGUUCUUCAAUUUGCUUGCAGAGAUGCGCAAUCCAUGGGACUUUUGGAAGGGAAUGCUUGCCGCUGACAUUUUCAUCUACUUUGUGUACAUGUUCUUUGGUCUGUUCCAGUAUGCUUAUCAGGGUCAAUACACGUAUAACACUGCUAUUCAGAGUGUUGGAUCUUACAGUCUCCAGACUGCUGGCAACAUCUUGUCGAUCAUCGACUUCCCACCCCUCACUGCAAAAGCCGGCAAGCUGAUCUGGGUGGUCCUCGUCCCUGUCUACUGGGCCCUCGCCUUCGUCGUCGCCGGCGCAGUCCCCCUCCUCGGCGAUUUCAGCUCCCUCGUCGGCGCCAUCUGCAUCGGCAACUUCACCUAUACCUUCCCAGCCCUUCUGCGCAUUGGCUUCAUGGUGAAGGAGGCUGCCAUGCUACCUGAAGAGCACUUUGACGCGCAAACAGGCAAGUAUCAUCGUGUGGAUGGGGGUAUCAAGAGGUGGAUGCGCGGAUACAGGAAGACGUUUGUCAUCACCACGCUCAAUCUCAUCUAUUUCCUCGGUGCGUUGGUUGUCUGUGGGUUGGGCUGUUAUGCGGCUAUCGAGGCGCUCAUUUCUGCGCUUUCGGGAGGUAGUGUUACGACGAGCUUUAGUUGCAAGUCUCCAUAUGCUGCU